CACUUGGGUACGCAGUGACACCUUGCUGCUCACCUCGACUGCCUGUACCCAUUGCUCAUCUGCCCACCAUGACCUCCUCAUCCUCUGCCAUUGACUCUUCCAUCGACAAUGCAAACACCGUCGCACCGCCUGCGGCCACGUCCAACAUCUGGAUUGCCGCUUCGGAAGGCGCCAUCCCACACGUAGCCUACUUCCUCACCACCGACAGGAGCCUCACCCCCACCUCGCCCGACUCCAACACAUACACUCCUCUCCACGCAGCUGCAUCUUACUCGCACAUCCAUCUCCUCAGGUAUCUGCUCAAGCACAACACCAUCAAGCCGGGCGACGUGGACGUGCAGGACGACGAUGGAGAUACGCCUCUCUUCCUGGUGGAAGACGUGGAGACCGCAAAGGUCCUCGUGGAAGAAUUCGGAGCUGAUGUGCAUCACAAGAACAAAGAAGGGCUAAGCGUCAGCGAGACAUUGGAAGAAAAUGGCUGGAGUGACGUCGCAAAGUACAUCAGGGGCAUCACGGGCGAGAAGGAGCCAGUCCUCGAUGAGAUCGAUGAGGGAGACGAGGAAGAAGAUGAUGAAGAGGACGUCGAAGACCCCGAAGAAGAGGAAGUAGACGACAAGGAACACAAUGGAGUGGUCACCAAGAAGUACGUAGAGAUGCUGAGCGAGUACGGGUCCUGCGAGCUCUCCGACGCCCUAAUCAAGCUCUCGCAUCCCACCGGCGGGCACCUUCCCAACCUCUCCAUCGUCUCUCCACAUCUCGCCUCCACCUCACAACUCACCUCUCACAAGAUAUGCGGCCAAGUGUUCCCCGUUCAAAUGGUUGCGACAAGUGACAAGUCUGCCCCUCCGAAGCCCGCACAGCACUUUGUUGAUGCGGCACCCGAAGGGAGUGUGAUGCUCGUUCAGGCACCGCCAAAGACGGAGAGCGCCAUUUGGGGGGGACUAAUGACUGCUAGGGCUCAGAGUAAAGGGGUGAAGGGAGUGGUGCUAGAUGGCAAAUGUAGAGAUUUGGCAGAGCAGUGGGAGAGUGGCUUCACAAUUUUCGCAAAAGGUCACUCCACCCUUGGCCAGUCCCCUUUCACUCGCCCGGCAAAGCUUGGCGAGUCUCUUACUUUCCCUGCUUCACCAGCGGAGGGCGCAAGCGACACAGUGGAUCCUUCUUUCCCGUCGAUGACCGUCGAGCCCGCGGACUUGAUACUGGCAGAUGUCGACGGAGUUGUGGUGGUUCCUCGUUCCCAGGUGACUCAGGUGGUCGAACUAGCGAAGAAGGGAAGAGAGGUCGACGAGCGGUGCAUGAGAGAUCUCAGGGAAGGCAAGGGCGUAACAGAGACGUUCAAAAAACAUAGAGGAUAGAUCGUGACGAUCAUAGAGCUUAUACAACUUCGUAUUCAUUACAAUGGCACGUCACCCACCAUCACUACUUUUUGAGCACAAGUCGCGAAGCCACCUCUUCAAUGACCUGUCUCAUCGUCCACUUCCCACUGAUCCGCUCCGGACUCUUGUUGACCGCUUGGAACACCUCGCCGUACCUCGCCUCAUUCUUGCGCGCCAUUUCCACAAUGGCCUCUCUACCCGCUUCGUUCCCACCAUG